AUGUUUAAGAAGGAACCUCAUAUAAAAGCUUUGAGCAAUCUGAAAAACUCUGAAAGAAAGAAGUUACUACAAACUUGUAAAAAACAGACGAAUAACGAUGAGUACACUUUUCCGACCUCCACUAUUAAACAGACAAACUUUUGCAGCCAGAAAAGCGUUGGAGUUGUAUACACAGACGAAAAUAAUACUCCAAUAUUAUUCAAGGAGAAGCAUAAUGAACAGCUCUUUCCAACAGUAUAUUCUUGUUGGGAAAAUCCAACCUUAUUGCCUAUUAUUUUGACUCAUGGAUUUGUUAUAGAGGAACAUUUGUUCAAUGGUGCUAACUUGAUGAUUUCUGGCUCAAUUCCACCUUUUGAUCCUCGUUCCAAAGUAGGUACCCUUUGCGGUGUGGCUAGUAGAGAAGCGCCUAAAGUCGUUUUAGCCAUAGGUAUCGUUGAAAUGGAUCUACCGUCAUACGAUAGAGUACUUGGUGAAACAGGUGUUGCAGUGAAAGUUAUACAUCAUUUUAAUGAUGGUCUUUCGAAAGCCCUUAAGGUGAAAUUAGAUCCUCCAAUUGCCAAGUCGGGAGAUGAGGACAUUAACAGUAAACAGGUCCAGCCUCCAGAAGAAGCCAAAAUUGUUGAAAACGCACAAGAAAAUAUGCAAAAAGCUCAAGUUCAUGUUGAGGAACUUGCAGAGGUUUUGGAUCAUUUUUCAGUGUCGGAUGUUGAUUAUUUCAUCACAAGAGCAUUAUAUUAUACGUUAACCCAAGAUAAAAGUUUAGUAUUACCCAUUUCUCCCUCUAAUUUUAUCUCAAACCACAUUAUGCGUAAUUUACCUCCGAUUGAUCACAACGAAGUUAAUGUGAAGAAAACUUCGUGGAGGAAGAGUGCAAAAUUUCUGAAACACUUCGAAAAAGAAGGUUUCUUGAAACUAAAAGGGAAGGGAGACGACCUAACUAUUGUGGGUAAAACCAUAGAUAAAGAUGAGUUGAAAAAUUUUGUACCAUAUAAGGUUGGCAGCAGCACUUCCGCUCAAGAAAGUGGCGAGCAUGCCAACUCGAAGGAGAAAACACCCGGAAUGAUGUAUUCAAUGACGCUAUAUAAACCGUUCAGCAUUGCUAAAGACUUUUUAAAGGAGGCCAACUUAGGCUUUCGGACAUACUAUACAUCUCAGGAUAUCAGAAGUGCGCUUUCUCAGUAUAUUUCCACCAACAACUUAGCAGAUACGAAGGACAAAGGGAAAGUUGUUAUGGAUGAUUUAUUAUUCAACAUGGUUAAUAAGAAAAAAAAAAAUCUGAAUGCUGCACGUAUUAUGCCUAGAGCCCAAAUUUUGGAUCCUUUGCUAGCCAAUAAUUUUACUGAGUUCUACCAAAUAUUUAAAAACGAUGAUUCACUUUUGUUCAAGGCACCAAUAAAAGGUUCUCCCCCACGUAUCAAAAUCACCACCGAAAUGAAAAUUGGAAGAAAAGUUAUCACAAGAGUCAGCAAUUUUGAAGUUUUUCAAAUCGACCCGGAAUCACUUGCCGGUGAUUUAAGAAAGAUAUGCAGCGGUUCAACGACAAUAGGUGAGUCACAAACGUUUAAAAGUGCUGAAGUGCAAGUGCAAGGUCCACAUGGUCAGCUAAUCAUUGAUCAUCUCAAUAAUUUGGGUGUUCCAAACAAGUGGAUAGACUUUGAGAAUAAAUUAAAAAAGAAAAAAAGAACGUAG